UCUGAACUACUGGGCGAGAGCCAACGUCUCUUCUUCCUUCUGUUCCGGCGGAGGCUUUGUCGCUGUGGGCUGGGCCCCAAGGUGCCCCCCAUGGCGGGGCCGCGGGUGGAGGUUGAUGGCAGCAUCAUGGAAGGGGGCGGCCAGAUCCUGAGAGUCUCUACGGCCUUGAGCUGUCUCCUGGGCCUCCCCUUGCGGGUGCAGAAGAUCCGAGCCGGCCGGAGCACGCCAGGCCUGAGGCCUCAACAUUUAUCUGGACUGGAAAUAAUUCGAGACUUGUGUGAUGGGCAACUGGAGAGGGCAGAAAUUGGCUCAACAGAAAUAACCUUUACGCCAGAGAAGAUCAAAGGUGGAAUCCACACAGCAGAUACCAAGACAGCAGGGAGCGUGUGCCUCUUGAUGCAGGUCUCAAUGCCGUGUGUUCUCUUUGCUGCUUCAUCAUCAGAACUUCAUCUGAAAGGUGGAACUAAUGCCGAGAUGGCACCACAGAUUGAUUAUACAGUGAUGGUUUUCAAGCCAAUUGUUGAAAAAUUUGGUUUCAAAUUUAAUUGUGACAUUAAAACAAGGGGAUAUUACCCGAAAGGGGGUGGUGAAGUGAUUGUUCGAGUGUCACCAGUUAAACAAUUGAACCCUAUAAAUUUAACUGACCGUGGCUAUGUGACUAAGAUAUAUGGAAGAGCUUUUGUUGCUGGUGUUUUGCCAUUUAAAGUAGCAAAAGAUAUGGCAGCGGCAGCAGUUAGAUGCAUCAGAAAGGAGAUCAGGGAUUUGUAUGUUAACAUCCAGCCUGUUCAGGAACCUAAAGACCAAGCAUUUGGCAAUGGAAAUGGAAUAAUAAUUAUUGCUGAGACCUCUACUGGCUGUUUGUUUGCUGGAUCGUCGCUGGGUAAACGAGGUGUAAAUGCAGAUAAAGUUGGAAUUGAAGCUGCUGAAAUGUUAUUAGCAAAUCUUAGACAUGGUGGUACUGUGGAUGAGUAUCUUCAAGAUCAGCUGAUUGUUUUCAUGGCAUUAGCCAAUGGAGUUUCCAGAAUAAAAACAGGACCAGUUACACUCCAUACGCAAACAGCUAUACAUUUUGCUGAACAAAUAGCAAAGGCUAAAUUUAUUGUGAAGAAAUCAGAAGAUGAAGAAGAUGCCUCUAAAGAUACUUAUAUUAUUGAAUGUCAAGGAAUUGGGAUGACAAAUCCAAAUCUAUAGAGCAUUCGCCUCUUAAAUGAUACCUCAUUGAUGUAUUGCACUAUUUCAUAAGUACUAUAAAAUGUUGACUAAGAAGUAACUUAUUAAAGGAUCUGACUUAAAUUUGAAGAUGAAGUACAGUGUUCUAGGUUUGCUGAGAAUGCUUCAUCACAUUAAUCUCACUUUGAAUAUCUCCUGAGAGAUGGACAAUGAAAUAUCAGUUGGUGGAUAUGUGUGAUAGGUGAUUUCAAUACUGAAGUAUUGAAAUAAAAUAUUCUUUACACCUGAA